AUGAGUAUUGCUAUUCUGAAUGAUCCGCAGUUAUCUACUGACGUCUACGACCUUCUAAUUUCACAAACAACACCAAGUUUGGCACCAUCAGCUCGUGACGAAUCUCGUGACAUUUUCACCAGCGUCCUCAGCGUUCAUUCGUCAACGCAGCAGUUUUAUUCACCAUCAAUGAAUUCGCUCGUCAUAUUACUACGAUUAUAA